ACAACAAAAAUUUACUAGUAUAUAUUACCAGUAUUCUAACAAUAAUAAAGAAGUUGUCAAGUUGAUAUAUAUUGUCCAUAAUUGACCAGGCUCCUUCCUAGGCGUUUCUCUCAGCUACAGUGCAACGCUAGAUGCUAAUUUAAAAAUGGGCACUAGGUGCAUAUAUAUUCCCAUUUCUCUAUUCGUGAAAGAAAGGAAAAGGAUGAUUAUGAGUACGAAGAUGCCAUCUUCUUCCAAAUGGUUCUUCUUCUUCUUCUUCGUGAUUUCCUUUAUCGCUUGCAGCAUAUCCAAUGCCCAGACUCAGAAUGCCACUACAGAUCCAUCUGAAGUAAGGGCAUUGAACUCAAUAUUUCAACAAUGGGAAGCACUAGCUCCGGAGACUUGGAACAUCAGCGGAGAGCCAUGCAGCGGAUUUGCUCUUAGUGACAGCGAUUCUGUGUUUGAGGAUUCUUCUAAUAACCCAUCUAUCAGAUGUGACUGUUCUUUUGAAAAUGGCACCACCUGCCACAUAACUAGACUGAGGGUAUUUUCUCUAGAAAAGCGAGGACAGAUACCAGAGGAGCUUUUAGCUUUGAGAUUUCUAACCUUCCUGAAGAUUGAUCAAAACUUCUUCACUGGUCCCUUGCCAACUUUUAUUGGAAAUAUGUCUAGACUAGCGUUGCUGUCAGUUGCUCAGAAUUCAUUAUCUGGACCCAUUCCUAAGGAGAUUGGAAAUCUCAAGGAUCUCUAUCUGCUGUCUCUUGGUACCAAUAAUUUCUCGGGAACGAUCCCUCCAGAGCUGGGUAAUCUAGUUAAACUUCAGCAACUUUACAUUAACAGUUGUGGAUUCACUGGUGAAAUCCCCUCAACAUUUGCUAACCUUCGAAAUUUGAAAAUUGUGGGAGCAUCAGAUAACGCUUUCACAGGCAAAAUACCUGACUUCAUUGGCAAUAACUGGACAACGCUUCAAUCAUUGAGACUUGAAGGGAACUCUUUCGAAGGGCCUAUACCAUCCAAUAUUGGAAACUUAACCUCACUGACGAUUCUGCGAAUUUCUGGUAUAUACAACGGGAGCUCUUCUCUCGAUUUUGUUAGAAAGUUAAAGAACAUAGCCGACUUAGUUCUAAGGAAUGUUUUACUAACUGGUAGUAUUCCCACUGAUAUCGCUGAAUUCCAAGCUUUACAAAAGCUGGAUUUGAGUUUCAACAACUUAACAGGCCAAAUUCCAAGUGAAUUAUUCAAUAUGAAUUCUCUUACGUACUUGUUUCUUGGAAAUAAUAGUCUGUCAGGUACCCUUCCAAGUCAAAAGAGCCAAAGUCUUAAGAAUAUAGAUGUAUCUUACAAUCAUCUAUCAGGAACUUUGCCCUCAUGGAUGGACUCAAGCUUACAACUGAAUGUGGUGGCCAACAACUUCACACUCAACAGCUCAGACAUAAGACUUUUACCAGGAUUGCAAUGCCUUCAAACAGGUUUCCCAUGCAACAGAAAUGCUCCACGAUAUGCAAACUUUGCAAUCAAGUGUGGCGGUCCACAGAUGAUUGCUGAUGGGAUACUGUUUGAGGCUGAAAACAGUACUCUGGGCGCAGCAACGUUCAAUGUAACCAGUACACAGAAAUGGGCAGUUAGCAACGUAGGUUUAUACGAAGACAGGGAGAAUCCAAUGUAUGUGCAAAACACUUUUGCACAAGUGAAAAGCACCAACACUCCUGAGAUUUAUCAAACUUCAAGGAUAUCCCCUCUAUCACUCAGAUACUAUGGCCUAGGCCUUGAGAAUGGGCCUUAUACUGUAAAUUUGUUCUUUGCGGAAACAGCUUACCCAGAUAGAAGCACUCAGUCUUCGAAGAGUCUAGGAAGGCGUGUUUUUGAUAUUUAUAUUCAGGGAUCCCUCAAAGUGAAGGAUUUCGAUAUAUCAAAGGAAGCAGGUGGAGCUGAGAGAGCAAUUGCUAGGAAUUUCACUGCUAAUGUGACAGAGAACCAUCUUGAAAUUCACCUGUUUUGGGCUGGCAAGGGGACCUGCUGUGUACCAGAACUAGGUUACUAUGGUCCAUCCAUUUCAGCAAUUAGUGUUGUCCCAGAUUUUAUACCAACUGUUAGUGGGUUACCACCGGGCUCUUCUAAAAGGAAAAACCGGGCAGCAUUGAUUGUUGGUGUCGUAGUUCCUGUUGGAGUUGCAGCUUUGAUACUGAUAUGUGUAAUUAUUCACUUUGAGAGAAAAAAAGAAUAUGAUGAUGAGGAAGUGCUUCUCGCAAUUGGUCCUAGACCAAACACAUUUAGCUACGCUGAGUUGAAAGCCGCCACAGAAGACUUCAGUCCUUCAAACAAAUUAGGAGAAGGGGGAUUUGGAGCAGUCUACAGGGGUACACUUUCUGAUGGGAGGGUAGUAGCUGUGAAGCAACUUUCAGUAGCAUCUCACCAAGGGAAAGGUCAAUUUAUUGCUGAGGUAGCUACCAUAUCAGCAGUGCAACAUCGCAAUCUUGUCAAACUAUAUGGAUGCUGCAUCGAAGGGAAAAGGCAUCUCCUUGUUUAUGAGUAUCUUGAGAACAAAAGCCUUGAUCAGGCACUCUUUGGACGCAGUGACUUGCAUCUUGAUUGGGCAACCCGCUUCAAUAUCUGCUUAGCAACUGCAAGAGGGUUAGCUUAUCUUCAUGAGGAGUCUAGGCCAAGGAUUGUACACAGAGAUGUUAAGGCAAGUAACAUUUUGCUUGAUGCAGAACUGUGUCCGAAAAUAUCUGAUUUUGGAUUGGCAAAGCUAUAUGAUGACAAAAAAACGCACAUCAGCACUGGGGUUGCAGGAACCAUUGGCUACCUGGCGCCAGAGUACGCAAUGCGUGGGCAUCUCACUGAGAAAGCUGAUGUUUUUGGCUUUGGUAUUGUUGCUUUGGAGAUUCUCAGUGGUAGACCAAACUCUGAUAACAGCUUGGAGGAUGGCAAGAUCUAUCUUCUCGAAUGGGCAUGGGCUUUACAUGAAAAUAACCAAAGCUUGGAUCUGGUUGAUCCAAAUUUAGUGGAGUUGGAUGAAAAUGAAGCUCUCCGAGUGAUGGGAGUGGCACUUUUGUGCACCCAGGGAUCACCAACGAUGCGGCCGCCAAUGUCCCGUGUCGUUGCUAUGCUUGCAGGAGAUAUUGAAGUGAACGGUGUCAUAAAAAGACCAAGUUAUCUAACUGACUGGGAUUUUAAGGAUUUAACAGGCAGCUUUAUGACAGAAGAUACACAAAACUCCAUUGCAUCUGAGAAUAUUGACAACAAUGGUAAUAUCAACAUUAACCCAAGGGCAGCACCAAAUCUUUCUUCGGUAAAUGUCACCGAAUGUAGUGACAUUAUGGAAGGAAGGUGAGAAGUGUUGGACAUUAUCAGCGAUAACAAGGGAAGAAUGAGAAGAAGAAAACCUUUUGAUAGAUUUGUAUAUUUAAAAAGUCAUGUCUGUGCAAAAAGACAUAUCUUUAUCUAUAAAUAAGAUUUGGUUUUUAGAAAAUGGACAAAUAGAAGAAAAUUGUAAUCACUUUUUCUAGCUUUUCCAAAUUUUUCUCAUAUUGUUUCUAUAUUGUUUUAUUGUAAGAAAAACUCUUUAAAAAUUUAAUAAUC